AUGGCAAAAGAAAGUGCAAGAGAAUUUUCAGUUUUUGUUUUGUGGGAAGUGGAAAGCUUUUCGUUACGAAAUAGCCCUUCGAGGAAUUUCAAGCCGUGGUGGCCAGUGCUUGUUUUUGAAAGGCAACCAAGGGAGCGAAGCAUUUGCAGAAUUUUCAGGUAAAUUUUGUACUCUAUGGUCAGGAAAUUACGUUUUUAAAAGCGAUUUUAUGUAGUCAUAACUAAUUGAUGCAAUGGAGACAUCGUUGAAGAGACAUCGACAAUUUCUUCUACACCUUUCGCUUGUUCCGUUUUAGCUUGGUUUGUUUUAUCCGGGCGACUGAAGCGCGACUGAAAUAGACCAACAUCGAAGCGAAAACACACCAGAUUAAAGAACAAUUAGAGUGUGUAAACACUUUUUUUCACUUUAAUAAAACAGUCGUCUUUAAUAAUGUUUUUAAACACUCAUGAAGGGACGGAAAAGUCAAACUACCAUGUAAAAAAGGCAUUAAAUAGUAGUAAUCUCGGAAGAUAAUGAUUUGAACAGUUCAGGGCGAGUGACUGAGUUAAAAUUUGGCUUGAACUUAAUAAAUUGAAUCAUUUGGGUUCGAAUCUGUAUUUUGGAGUAACUAUUGUAGCCACCUUAAUGUUCAUCUGUACUUUCCUUUCUGCCUGUGUUCUCAGUUUGGGAUUUCGAAACAAUGAAUGAUUGAAACAUUGAUUACAAUUGUGGGAUUUUGAAACAAUUGAAAAUUAGAAUGAAGAAAUGGCUAUUGCAUUUAAUAUCUGUACCCCCCCGGUUGAGGACUUAACCUUUUCUUCUUUUAAUACCCCUAAAAAUUGGCAUUCCACAGGGCAAUACUUCCAUAAUAUAUGGGCUUACCCCUGAAGAAUAUGGGUCCCACCUCUGAAGAAUUUUGUGAAAAUGAAAGCUUCACCCCUAGAGAAUUCUAUCUUUUUUCACUUUACUCCUAAAGAAAUCCUCAAUUUUUAAUAACUUAUUUCCAAAGAAUUCCAUAGUUCCUCAACUGUGGUGGAGGGAGGUGCGGAUAUUAAAUGCAAUAGCCCAAUAAACAUCAGGAAACUGGUGUUUUGAAACAAUGAAUAGCUGAAACAAUGAAACAAUGAUUGCAAUACUGGGAUUUUGAAACAGCGAAAUUUGGAACAAUUAUCACAGUACAAUCAAACCUCCAUGUGUGACCACCUCUUGUAAGGGAUCACUUCCCACAAGCGACUUCCAAUCUAAAACACCAAACCUUUCUCAGUCAAAGCCUUACAGUUGGAACCUCUAGUAAACGAGCAUCGCCUGUGAGUGACCGGGACCACUUUUUGGGCCUGACGGUUAAUGAUUUUCCAUUGUUUUUAACCUCUUGUGAGCGACCAUUUGACGCAUUCUCUGAUCUCUAUUUUCGCUGUGUGCACUAUGUGACUUAAUAAAUACAAAGAACUUUACUGACAACAUGGAACUACGCAUAUCCUAACUUGAACAUUGCAUGCAAUAAAUUAUCUUGCAUAAAGUAGAUGUGCCUGGACCUCUUCUUGGAAGAGACCCCCUGUGGUUUGAUUCUUGUAAACGACCACCUACCGUAAGCGACCACUCAGUCUUUGCAUUUUGGGUGGUCACUUAUGGGAGGUUUGACUGUACUAGGAUUUUGAAACAGUGAAAUUUGAAAUGAUGUUCACAAUACUGGGAUUUUGAUACUGAAAUUUAAAUAAAAUGAUCACAAUACUGGGAUUUUGAAACAGUGAAAUUUUAUAUUUGUCUGGAAAAAGUGAGAGAAAAGUCAGGGAAUUUCAGAAACCUCUGGCUGUGGCAACCAUGGAUGAUAAAAAGUAAGUCUGAAAGAUGUGAUUUUUAUGUGGUAAAUGGUUAAUAAUUUCUAAAUGCUGCUAAUAUAAUUAUAAACUAGCAGUAGCCGUUGGCUAGGAAAUGCGUGUGAAGAUGUGAUUUAUGAAAAUGGCCGCUUUCAUAAUUGUGUAAGCCCUUUUAUUUCCAGUGUCAACAAAAGGAUAUAACUGCCAAUCAUGAAAACUGGAUUGAACAACACAGUAAACACUUAUUUUAUUCAAUGAUUUUAUUCACAUUUGCUUGGAUACAAGUAUCCUGUGAAUGGUGAGGAGCAAGGAGAUGGCUGUAUUUGCUGGCGUAGAUACAUGUACAUUGAAACAGCAAUGCGUGGCACAAGUAAUGCAUGUUUACAGUCAUGACAGCACAAAAUCUUAUUUAAAUGCAAUUGAAUAUUCAAUCCGUGUCCAAUAACCAAAGGCCGUUGAUAUGCAAUACUAUGAAACAGCUCGGAUGACUAGCGACUUAACAUGCUUGGAAACAUAGAAAAAUACUAAGUAUAUUAACCCAUUCGCUCCUGGAGAUUUGCCGAAAAACGCGUUUUGAAGCUAGUCGAGUGGUUUUCUGGUCACUGUCGUGCUAUAAAGAGCUAAAACUUACCACAAACCGGUUUACAGGUCGUACACUUCGCGGCCUUCUGAUCCACAUGCAAAAUAUCAGCUUGCGAACUUCGGGCAUGCGCAGAAAGCAAAAUUUCAAGAUAGUUUUUGGGUUUAAAAGUGACACAGCAGUCUUGACUUUUACUUUUCACUUUCUCUCCUCCCUUCUUUUUUCGCUUUUCUUGCCUCAUUUUUUUUUUCUCUUGCUGGGCAUUUGGUAGGCUUCAUUUUGGUGGGAAGAGUUUUUAGGAAAGCUUUUAGGAUCUUAGGAUUUGGUGAAAGGAAAGGUAGGUGGGUAAUGGAACAAGAUUUUCAUGGAGAUUUUCAGGUCAAUGUCACGUGGUUUUUUGCUUCUUUCUCCGGUGUCCUUGACUGAAUUGAGCUCAUUCUGGUAUGGUUUGAAAGAUCUCUUCACUCUGCACAAGUUGGCAAAGAAAGUUGUCCCUGACCGUUAAAACUGAUGACGUCACAAAGGGUAGAAAGGACCUGGAUCCGCACGGGCAGUUCAGGGGCGAAUGGGUUAAAAAAGCAUGCUCUGUAGUAAAACCUGAAUAAACUUGCAUCGAUUUCUAGACUUCGCUAACACUCCUAUCUUAUUGAAAAUAUGUACUGCACUAAGCUGAGAUUGGGCUCUACUUUCAUUUCCCUUGGUAAAUAGAUUCCAGGCUGGCAAACAAGCUAUGCCAUAGCCUAGGCAAAUUCAUAAACAUGCUUCAAAUACUAUAAAACACCAAUCGUGAGAACAGUGAGAGAAAAGAAGAACAAGUGUUUAACUUUGAGGAUUUAUAUAUGCUUAAACUGAAAUCAAUUGUAUUAAGCUCAACUCACUCAAAAAUUUCUGCUGGGAGUCUCCAGUUUUGGUCAAGGGUCAAGGGUUGAGGGUAAAAUGUUGAGGGUUGAGAAAAUGCCAUAGAUUGUUUUGUGGGCGAGUAAAAGACAUUCCUUGUGAAUUUUGUAGACAAUUUUCAUGUUGGAACCCCAGUUACUCAUACUAAGCUGUUGAAUCCUUACGGCAUCAAUGAGAGGAGUGUACAGUAUACGUAACUUUGCACCUUUUAGCUGUGUUUGUUCGCUUUUGUCCAUUGCUAGUGGCCCUUUUGAACUACUUCCAUUUAAAAGCUGUAAAUACGUUUGCUUAGACAGGAGAAUAAAUCCUCUCUUGACGAGUAAUUCACUGCGUGGAUUGGCUGUCAUAGGGAGAUACUUGAGCAAAGCGUUAGCCCUUUAAACAUUUUCCCUGGAAGUUCUGCUGUACCACUAAUUCAUGGAUAGAUUUCAGGAAAAGAGAAAGCUUGUAAUUGGUGAAAAGGCGCGCAUUUUGUUGCAUUUGAAUUUAAGGUUCUCCAAAUUGAAGGCCACCAUAUCGCCAAUAUAAUUAUUUAUUUGACAAAGUUGUUAUUAGUGAAAAAUGUUGCUGUUAUUUUUUUGUUUUAAAUUUUGUUGAUAUAAUGAUAAGAAUUAUCAUGACUGUUAGAUGUUUGAAUUUGGAAUAUACAUGAAAUACUUAGGAAUAAAACCUAAGAAGCAUGUAUUACAUCAAUAGCUUAGAGAUAAAAAUAGGGUACAGUGAAACCUGUAUUAAGCGGACACCCUCGGGGAAUGCUGUAGUGUCUGCUUAAUACAGGGUGUCCGUCUAAUACAGGUUUCGACAGAUAGUGCCAUAUGAGGUGUCAAAUGCCAUUUAAAUGAACAGUGGGAAGGUUAAGAAUACUCCCAGGGAUUUUGACGAUAUACGUUGGCAUUAAUUUCUUUAUCAAAGUGGACCAGUAAACAUAAUACCAUAAACAUAGAUUGCAACUCAAAUUUGAAGAAAUCAGAUGAGUGAAACAAGCUCCAUAUAAACAAAACGAAAUAGAAAACAAUAGUGUACUGUGAAACUAAUCAAAUAUGUUCAUCAAGUCACGUUUUUUACUGUAAAAAUAGAAAAAUUUGUGGGUGGCAAUUCAAGGCAAUCUUCGCAUUUCUGGUGUCUGGCAUGUGGUGUGGUGGCAUUUGAUUACAAGUGUCCGUUUAAUACAGGUUGGUAACAAUAGAAAUGACCAUUUCAGGUUCUUUUUAGGUGUUCGCAUCCGUUUAAUAGAGGUGUCCGCUUAAUAAAGGUUUCAUUUAAAGCAAAUAAGGGAAAUAAUAAUAUUGCUAUAUUACACAAUAGUAUUGGCCAAUCAAUUCAAGACUUUUUAUAACAGGCGUGUUAAAAUCCCAAUACAGUAUCCCCAUGUCAUUACAGAAUUCUGCCCAUUGAUCUGAGUUGCCCGUAAAAUCGUGAGUCCCAUGACUAUUUGUGUGCUCACAAAGGAUGCCGAUGCAUGUGGCGUCCUUUGACUCUAGACUGAAGUGUUAGCGUAUUGUUUCCAUGAUACAAAUGUAAUUUAACUUAAGAAAAUCGAUAAUUCCAAGCUUUUUCGCUACUCUCUGUUUUGUUAGGAAAUGCAAUGGCUCAACUUGAUUUUUGGUCAGCAAGAAUUUUUUUUCUAGAAACCUGCUAUGCAGGAUAUUUUUGUCCCUUGUCAUAUCUCUGUAGGAUUUUUUUUCCUCAGAAAGGGUCAGUCCAAGUUUUUGUUAAAAUGUGUUAUAUUUACUAAAAGUAUUUACAUUGAAAUUGUGGCUAUUGUAGUAAUAAGUCCUGAUAUGGAGCUGCAAAGCCUUAAAAGUUAGUAAAUUUUACAACAACAUUCUUGUAUAGCUCUGUUUUUGGCUCAAAGUCAUUCUUUACACACUGUCAUAUGAAUUCAUUAUAAUAUUGUCAUAUUAUAAACUGAUGCACAUCAAGCAAAUGUUAAAAUGUUUAGAUUCUUAGUUAAAAAAUAGCCCAAAAUAGCAAAAGCAGUUCAGAAAUUCUCAUAGUAUGGUAAAUGUAGUUAGAAUAAUCACUUACAAUUUAAAAGUGGAUUAAAAUCUCCAGAACAGGUGUGAAAGCAGAAUUGAAAUUUAUAGUGGAUCAUCGUUUUAUACCUGUAUGUAUGUGAAUAAAUUGCUCUAAUAAUUUUUGCUCAACCUUUUUUCCGUCCACUUCUAACUUGAGCAUCUCAUAGUUGAACAUAAAAACAAAGUGAUGGUGUUCCUUGUUCUUUUAUCUAUGAAAACAGGCCACUUCCUAGGUACUGAUUCUCUUUCAGGCCACCGAAAAGAAGCUGGAAAGAAAAAACAGGAAUCCUGACUUUCUUAACCACAGGCUACCUUAAAAUGACACUGAUUUCUUGUUAUGUUGAUUGUAAUUUUAGCUUACAUGAAGUAAUAAUUCUGCAGCACCACCAUUCCAGAGUUUAAAAGGGAACAAGGGCAGAAUGGUUGCAGUUUUGCUCGGAUAAUUUUUGUAAAGCUUUCUGAAUGAUGAAAUAAAUUGGUAACAUUUUUUUUCUUUCUUACAGCAGUGCAUGAAUUUCUUAUAUUCUAUUUGUGCUGCAUGCAGUUUUUUUCUUCCAACAAGUGUUUGUAGGAAUUUGUUUUCAAAAUCACCCACCCCCCCCCUCAAAAGUUAAAUGGUCGACCCCUAAAAGUUGUCAGAAAGGGAAAGGUCACUAUAGCAGAAGAAAUGGUAAAAAUAACAACAAAUGGUUGAACUGUAUCCUUAUUUAUUUUAUAAAUUGAAGAAUAUCCUUUUUUUCUUCAUUUUUCUAGACUAAUGAUGCGGUCAUGCAUUGACAAACUAAUAGAAAUGUUCACCAAGCGAACGUCAGAAGCCUGGGUAGGUACCUCACUCAAACUUAAACCUGUUGUAAUCGACAGAAGAUGUUCAAUUUUUAGAAAUUUUAAAAUCACGUAUGCAUUAAAAAUCCUUUUUUGUUUUCUAAAGGUCGCCUUGGCUACCACCAACAUUUAUUGAUCUUCUGCCUCCAUUGGACCUUUUUAGCGUGCAAGUGAAAUAGUAAGUGGACAACCAUUGACAAUGUUGUUAGACUUGUCUGUUGCUACUGAUUCUAUAAUUAAGAUGCUGACAGAACAAGAGACACUGUUUUUGAUGUCUUUGUUUUGAUCUUAGGGAAACACACAUUGAUCGUGCAAAGUUGUUUGAUCUUGCCAAAUCACUUUGACAUUGAGAAAAACAAAACCUAUAAAAAAUAAAAAGAGAAAGUACAAUGCUGCUAUUUUCCAAAAAUAUGCUCCAACACUUGUAAACAGUUACAAACAUGGUAUUCACGGGAUUUAACUCGUACUCUAUAAAUCUGUUUAGAACAAGCUGGACCAGCAAACAGUGGUGUUUAUCGAUGCCAUGAAUCAAGCUAAAUACAACAAGGACUCUAGCCGAAUUCUAUAAUGUCUUCUCCACCAGAAGUGUAGUUUUGUGUCAAAACUCAUGGCCAUGCUGCUGUAAUGGUUUGAUAAAAGGGACUUUAAGAUCCAACGACAUGGACGCAACAAGAACGUCAAAAACAAUAUGUUUCAUAAGCAAAACAACAACUUCGCAUGUGCAUCACACUUUUUUGUACAUUUCUUUCCCGUUUUUGCAGGACUACGAUGUGAAAAUGCCUUAUUUCGAGUUUUAUGGAGGACGUAAACAAGAGGCGAUGAAAUUUUAUUGCAUUUUCUGA